GUCUCUAUGGUCACGCUCGCGGCCUGUGCUAUUUCAUCAGUAAACAUCCUGCGGAUUUGAACGCGCUGUUUGGGCGGCAGGAAGGGGCGCGGCCGCCAUCUUGUUUGUUUGAGUGAGGACCUGGCAGCGGCGGAGAGGCGGAACGGGAGGCUGAGAGUGAGCGGGGGCCGCCUGAGCGGACACCGGAGGCCAGCACAAGGCGGUAACUAAAGCGUUGGAAAAUGUUUUACGCACACUUUGUUCUGAGCAAGAGAGGGCCGCUAGCCAAAAUCUGGCUGGCGGCCCACUGGGACAAGAAGCUGACGAAGGCCCACGUGUUUGAGUGCAACCUGGAGAGCAGUGUUGAGAGCAUCAUUUCACCCAAGGUAAAGAUGGCUCUACGCACUUCUGGUCAUCUGCUCCUUGGGGUUGUCAGAAUCUAUCACAGGAAGGCCAAGUACCUCCUUGCUGACUGUAAUGAAGCCUUUAUCAAAAUAAAGAUGGCUUUCCGGCCCGGUGUGGUGGAUUUACCGGAGGAGAAUCGUGAAGCUGCGUACAAUGCCAUCACACUGCCCGAGGAGUUCCAUGAUUUUGACCAGCCAUUGCCGGACCUUGAUGACAUUGAUGUUGCCCAGCAGUUCAGCCUGAACCAGAGUCGUGUGGAAGAAAUCACCAUGAGAGAAGAGGUUGGAAAUAUCAACAUCCUGCAAGACAAUGAUUUUGGUGACUUUGGUAUGGACGACCGGGAGAUGAUGCGAGAGGGCAGUGCAUUUGAGGAUGACAUGUUGGUCAGCACCAGCGCCUCUAACCUCUUACUGGAGCCAGAACAGACUUCUACUACUCAGCUGAAUGAGAAGAGCAACCACCUGGAGUUCGAUGAACCAUAUAAAGAUGACAACUUUGGAGACGCCAAUGAUGGUGGCAUACUGGAUGACAAACUUCUGAGCAAUGAUGGAGGUGGCAUAUUUGACGACCCACCAGCUAUUCCUGAGGAGGGUGUCGCAUUGCCAGAGCAGCCUCCCCACGAUGAUGACAUGGAUGAUGACGAUGUUGUUUCAAUGGGUGGACCAGACAGCCCUGAUUCUGUUGAUCCUGUGGAGCCCCUGCCAACCAUGACUGAUCAGACUACUUUGGUUCCUAAUGAAGAGGAGGCCUUUGCACUGGAGCCCAUUGACAUUACAGUUAAAGAAACUAAAGCAAAGCGAAAAAGGAAGCUGAUUGUUGACAGCGUUAAAGAGUUGGACAGCAAGACCAUCCGUGCCCAGCUGAGCGAUUACUCUGACAUUGUCACCACUCUGGACCUGGCGCCUCCAACAAAGAAGCUGAUGAUGUGGAAGGAGACGGGUGGCGUGGAGAAGCUCUUCUCUCUGCCCGCUCAGCCUCUGUGGAAUUCCCGACUUCUGAAGCUGUUCACACGAUGCCUCACACCAGUGGUACCUGAUGAUCUCCGAAAGAGGAGGAAAGGGGGUGAGGCCGACAACUUGGACGAGUUCCUUAAGGAGUUUGAAAAUCCUGAGGUUCCAAGGGAGGAGAUGAGGCAGCAGGAUGUUAUCGAUCAACCCAUCCUGGAGGAAGCUAGUAGACUACAGGAGUCUAUGAUGGAGGGAAGCCGGACUCAGCUGGAUGAAACCGUGAUGCCACCGCCACCUCAGCCUCAGCCACAAGGUGUCAAACGUGACUCUCAACAAAUGGAACCAGAGCCUUUACUUCCUCAAGAGCCAGAGCCUCAGAUCGAGAUGCCACCAGUUGAACUUCCCCCAGAGGAACCUCAAAACAUCAACGAUUUAAUUCCAGAGCUCAAUCUUAUUCCUGAGAAAGACAAGGAGAAGGAAAAAGAUGAAGAGGAGGAGGAAGAGGAGGAAGAUACCACAGGGACUGAGCAGGACCAGGAGGAGAGGCGCUGGAACAAGAGGACCCAGCAGAUGCUGCACGGCCUUCAGAGAGUCCUUGCCAGAACAGGCGCAGAGUCCAUCAGUUUACUAGACCUGUGUCGAAACACAAACCGGAAGCAAGCUGCGGCCAAGUUCUACAGCUUCCUCGUCCUUAAAAAGCAGCAGGCGAUUGAACUUACCCAAGAGGAGCCCUACAGCGACAUCAUCGCCACCCCGGGACCAAGAUUUCACAUUGUGUGAUUUUACUGCCGUCAAAGCAAAACGACUUCACAACCUUGUACCAACCUGUAUGCUGGAGCUUGCAUGGCAGAGCGGUGUAGUAAAAAAAGGCCAUGCCGGUCAGCACCAGGCCACAUUGGUGAUCUCACCCCCCUGGCUAUAUUCUAUUUGGUUUUUGGUUGUUUUAAUAUGUACAGUUUGUCCCCUUUUUAUUUUUAUUUUAUAUAUAUAUUUUUUUUCCUUCAAUGUAACAUCUGUUUAUGGGUUUUAAAUGUUGAUGGGUGAAUGUGAUAUAAUAUUUUGGUUUUUAAUCCGACUCCUUUUUAAUAGUUCUCUUGAGGUUUAAACGAGAGAUGAUCGAACUUACAGUAAAUUCGAUUCGUCACAAACUUCUCGGCUCGGCAGUUGAU